AUGAAGAUUUGGAAUUCGGAACAUGUGUUCGACCAUGAUUGGGAGACCGUGGUCACAGCAGCAUGGAGGAAAUAUCCGAACCCUAUGAACCAGGGAGUGACCGGCAUGGAUGUGCUGCGACAAACGCUGCGUGCUGGAAGGAUCAUGUCGGAGAGGAUCAUUCAGUCACAUUUUCACAUUCCAUCAUGGGUGACGAAGCUGACUGGAUUUUCUGGUACUCAGUACUCACACGAGUACACUGUCAUCGAUCCUGAAGCAAGAACUAUGUCACUCACCACAAGAAAUCUCAACUGCUGUCACUUUCUUCAAGUAGACGAGAAGCUCACAUAUACUCCAUUACCCGAUGAUCCCACAAAAACAAUUUUGAGACAAGAAGCCAGUGUUGUGAUUACACUGCCUGCAUUUGCUGAUUAUUGCGAGAAAACUUUCAUAGGAGUGUAUUCUUCCAAUGCUGCCAAGGGAAGAAAAGGCGUUGAGUGGGUGAUAGACCAAUUAAAGAAGGAGUAUGCCGACAUCUCAACAAAAGUCUCUGCUGAGGUUCACGAAAUGCAAGAGAAAGUAUUAAAUGCAUUCAAAGGUGCAGGUUCUUCGACAACGCCAAUGUCACCCUGA